AUGGGAAGUCAUUACGGAAAAGGCAUUGGUCCAAUCUGGCUAGACGAUGUUCAUUGCGUUGGAAAUGAAUCAAACAUUGAAGACUGUGCUCAUAGGGGAUGGGGCCAUCACAACUGCCUUCAUAAUGAGGAUGUAGGAGUUCAGUGUGUGACAGGAAAAAUUUCAAGGUCAUGCGCCGCAUCCAUCGAACAAGACAGAGAAUGGCCAGCAGUUCUUGACGGAGAGAUAUCUCUAAAGGGAUGCGGUGAGGGGUACCGAGGCGAUGUUUAUCGUCGUUGUCAAAAUGGCAAUUAUUUGAGCCCCGUUAACAAUUGUACAAAGAUCGCCAUACAGGAUUUACACGUUCAGGUGUUUAAUGGUUCCCUGAAUUCCACAGAGGCUUUGUCGAGGUUAAAACAGGAAACAAAUAUCUUGACGACAGAUAGUAAGCACUUGCCAACAGCGGGCGAUCUACAGAAUGUAAACCAAAUCCUUGAUAAAGUCAUUGACGACAUCGAAAUCAAUUCUGUCACAAUCGUGAACGACACUGACAGUUUCUUCGAAGUUGCGAAUAAUUUAUUGGAUGGAAAUUCGACAUCGUCAUGGAAAAGUUUGAUUAAUGACAAGGGAGUUGGUGCCGACUCGGUAAUAAAUACAAUCGACCGGUUUAUUACGAAACUUGUGAACACGUCUGUUACGGUUUUGAACAAGACUUUCGAAAAGCCAAACUUGUGUAAGAUGUUUGCUUAG